AUGAUUAUCAGCAAGACUAUCUCAUCAGCAAGACUACCUCACAACCAAGACUACCUCGCAACCAAGACUACCUCACUACCCAAGACUACCUCACAACCAAGACUACCUCGCAAGCAAGACUACCUCACAAGCAGCUCCCCCGAACGAUCCAACACUUCACCGAUUCCACUCUCCCCAAAAAGAUCCAACACUCCACCUAUCUCGCCCUCCCCAGUCCAAAUUCCAUAUACCAUCAUGCAGUUCACGACAGUACUCAUCGCAGCCCUUUCGGCUUCAUCAGUUGCAGCGUACUUCAAGAGAGGCCAAUCCUGCGGCGACAGCGUUGCCUGCCAAACCAACUGCGUUGGCCGACGCUACUACAUCGUCAACAACAACCGCAAGAACUUUUAUUUCGGAUGCUCCCUCGACCCCACCCCCGAGCGAGUCCAAACCUCUGAUAGCAGUCUCCUAGACUCCCCUGUUCUGGGAUUAACGUCCCUGGACAGUUCGCUCGGGGCUCUGGGAGGGAUUGAGGAUCCCCUUGCUCUUGGAGCGACUGAUGAUGCCCUUGCUCUUGGCGAUCUUGGGGACCUUGGAAUUUAG